AUGAAAUGCGCAAAGUGGAACAAAUCACUCACGUUCACAAUUUUCCUCCUUUUAUAUGUGAACAAUGCGGUUAACGCGAAUAGGAAUGAACUGAAAGGAACGGAUGGGGUGGAUGUUCCCAACCAGAAGGACAUCACCAACGAUUACAACAUCUUUGAGCGUAUUUCAAGUGAAGGACAAAGCGCAAGUAGCAAAAGGGCAAGUGGCAAAAGGGCAAGUGUCAAAAGCGCAAGUAGCAACGAUGAUAGCCAUAUCUCCCAGAGUGACGCACAACACGCAGAAGAAGGAAGUGAUGCAAAGCAAGGCAAUACUUUCCUCGAUGAAAAAAAUAGUGUAAAAAAUGUAGAAACUUAUUUCAUACAGGAAGGACAAGAUAAAGCGAACCAUACUGAACUGCACAUGGAGAAGGAGGGGAAAGCAGUGGGCCAUGUACAAAAGAAUGCCAACUUGAGAAGCACGUCCUACGUCUCCUCACAGGGUGCAGUAAACCAGGCGUAUAACUUCGCUCAGGAGAAUCCCCCCCCCUUGGGCAAAAAUGGUGCGUAUAUUGAACAGGUGACGAGGGCUCAGGAUGAUGUGAAUACGACCGGAAAUGAUGGGGGAAGUAGGAGCGGUGAAGAAGGGCCCACAGACGGGGGAGAUGGAAAAGAUGGCGUGUCAAGUGGCAAGCCUGGAGAAACAAUUAGCAGCACUCCUGAGAGCACCUCUGGAGAAUCUUCAAAAGAGAACCAAGAGAAGAGAGACAAAGAAAAGGAGACGGAAGAUAAGAGUAACCUCGAAGAUAGUAAAAGCAACGAAAAGACAGACCAAGAGAAUGGCAAGACCACAGCAGAGAAACCGAAUAGCCACAAGAAAAUAAAAAAUACGCUGCUCAAGGAGGGGAGAGAAUUGAAGGAGACGACGAGCAUGAUCGAUAACGCAGUGUACAACAUGGAGCAGUUCAUUUUAAAAACGAAGUUCUACACUACGGCAAUCCGAAACUUCGUGCACUUCAAAGUUAACCACAUUUGUGAAUACUCCAAGUGUGGGUCCAACGCUCGCUGCUACAUUGUGGAGAAGGAUAAGGAGGAGUGCAGAUGUAUGGCUAACUACAUGCCUGAUGAAAGUGUGGAUUAUUUUAAGUGCAUACCGAAGACGGAAAAGGAUUGCUCGAAGGACAACGGGAAUUGUGACGUGAAUGCAGAGUGCUCCAUUGAUAAAAACAAAAAUAUAAAAUGCCAAUGUAAGUAUAGUUAUAUUGGGGAUGGUAUUUUCUGCGUCAUUGGUUCUCAGGAGAAGCAGUCGUUGUGCCUUCUGCUCGUGCUGCUAAUUUGCGUUCUCCAUAAGUUUCUUUUUUAG